CUUGUUCGUUGUGGGAAUCAUACGUUCUUUCUUUUCGACCCGGUGUCUGUCAGCGUUCUAUAACACGUUUUUUAAAAUCAUCUUUUUCUUUACUGAACUUUUUUGUUAAUUGUGCGUUUCGUUUGAGUAUUUAUCCGAAUCAGCAUGAGUUCCGGAGUACUGUGUUAUCGAUGCAACAAGUCUGGGCAUUUUGCCAGGGACUGCAAUGAGUCGGGAUCGAUCAAUAGUGCGACGUUCAGUCGAGGCGGCCGCAAUGAUCGGGAAGCCAACUGUUACAAGUGCAAUCGUGGUGGCCAUAUGGCUCGUGACUGUAAGGAUAAGGACAGGUGUUACAGAUGUGACGGCGUAGGUCAUAUAGCUCGUGACUGCUCUCAAUCAGCUAGCGAGCCAUCGUGUUACAACUGCCGUAGAACUGGUCAUUUAGCUCGUGACUGUCCCGAAGAACGUGCAGAACGCCCAGAACGUGGAUCAGGUGGUGGUGGUGGUGGUGGUGGCGGUAACAGCAAUUCAACCUGUUACAACUGCAACAAAAUCGGUCAUUUCUCCAGAGACUGCCUAGAGAGCAGAAAUGGCAAUGGAAACUAUUCUGCGUUGUGCCGUAACUGUAAUGGUUCUGGCCAUAUGGCUCGUGACUGCCCCGAAGGUAACAAACAAAGCUGUUACAACUGUGGUGAAAUUGGACAUAUGAGUCGUGAAUGUCAUAAGCGCAACUAACGCCGCAUCGAUGACACCUAUACUUAUUACAUACUUUGCAAAAUCGCAGCCAGAAAAAAAAACAAGGAUAUACUCUAUACAACUUCGGAGAGAAUAAAUAACAUCUCUCUAUCUAAAUAUAUAGUUAUAAUAAUAUUUUAUAUUACAAAUAUGAUACCCUUAAUUUGAAGAAAAAAAAUCGAACCAUUGUCACUUCAGUGUAUGUUCGUUUUGAAAUUAAUAAAAAAAAGAAAUAUAUUUAUAUAUUUCGUUCAAAUGAAA